ACAGUUCUAAUAUUCUAGUCUCAUCUGGCUGCAAAACAGUUCUAAUAUUCUAGCCUAAUCUGGCUGGUUGCUGCAAAACAGUUCUAAUAACCUAGUCUUCUCGUCUGGUUGCAAAACAGUUUUAAUAUUCUAGCCUCGUCUGGCUGAAAAACAGUUCUAGUCUUCUCGUCUGGUUGCAAAACAGUUCUAAUAUUCUAGUCUAAUCUGGUUGGUGGCUGCAAAAUAGUUCUAAUACUCAUCUCAUCUGGCUGCAGAAGAAUUCUAAGGGUUGUCUAGGGUUUCCAGUUAUAAACAGGGUUGUAAAAAGACAAUAGAAGGUAUGUCGAAGAAUCUGUAUAGGCAUGCCUCAGGGGCUGCUAAAAGGAGAAAGAAAAAUAAAGAGCAAAAAGAGACAGUAAAACAAAAGACGUAUAUGCAAUCUUUUUAGUACCAAAGCAUCAGCUUGUUCAGCCUGAUGGUGAUGAACAAGGAACAAGUUUCACCACAAGUAUAGAUAGUACUGCAGCGCAUCCUAAUGCUACAAAUACAUAUGCUGUCUCUAUCUCCAAUUUGGAGCAAGGAGUAAUUCCUUCUGCUCAUCAUAAAUCCAGCAAAAGCCGUGUAGAUUCUAAUACACCUCAGCCUGAUGAACAAGGAACAAGUUGCUCCAUAAGUCAAGUUGCUGACACUGAUCAAACUAUAGUAAGCCGUGCAUUACAUCCUAAUGAUGAUGAUGAAGUCGUCAUCCAGUCAUCCAGUCAUGCUGUUUGUACUAUAAUCACCAAAAGCACUAGAGAUACAGAAGUAGCUACUAUGGUGCAAAGCCCAUUGACCAUGGACUAUGAAGAAACUGGAGAUUAUGCCCCAGUUUCCCAAUCCCAGCAGUCCAUAUCUGCUAUACCAGAAAUUACAACAACUUCAAAUGCUAUCAAAAAUAUCAUUAAGAGUUACUCUAAUGAUCCUGCUGAGUGGGGAAGUAACAUUUCUGAAGAUUUGCGUGAAUAUUUUUCUAAGAAUCAAAUUCAAAAUAAGUAUGUGGACUACUCUGCAUCUAAAAGAACAUAUACUGAUAUUACAAGGUAUCUGACUAAAGAACUAUUCAUACGGAAAAGAAAUAAUGCUGAAUGUAUUACUCGUGAUUGGAUGAUCUACUCACCCUCAACAGGAACUAUAUUCUGUGUGCCGUGUAAACUUUAUAGUAGUUUGUCUCAUGCCCUUGCAACAUCGGGCUUUAAUGACUGGAAAAAUGCUGCUGCAAGAUUAAGGGAGCAUGAGAAUUCACCUGAUCAUCGCAAGUGUGUUUUCAUAUUCACAGACAGGGCAAACCCUGAAUGCCGAAUAGACCGCGCUCUUAUUGAACAAGAAGUUCAUGAACAGAAGUACUGGCGGGAAGUUUUAAGAAGGGUUGUCGAUGUUGUAAAGUUCCUUGGUGAACGUGGCUUACCAUUCAGGGGAACUGAUGAGCUAUUUGGAUCCCCACAGAAUGGGGCAUUUCUGGGAAUACUAGAGCUUAUUGCUAAAUAUGACCCAUUUCUUGAGCAGCAUAUAAAGAAGUAUGGUGGCGAGUCAGGCAGAGGGGUAAGCAACUACAUGUCAUCUACCAUAGUAGAGGAGUUCAUCGAGUUAAUGGGAAAUAAAGUUGCUCAAGUAAUAGUGCAAGAGCUAUACACUGCCAAAUAUUUUUCUUUAAUUGUAGAUUCCACACCAGAUCUCAGUCAUGUUGAUCAGCUAGCAAUUGUACUACGUUAUGUUAACAAAGAUGGGCCUGUGGAACGGUUACUGGGGUUUGUUCCAAUCUAUUCUCAUACAGGAGAACAUCUUGAAAAUACUGUGUUGUCAUUCCUGGCUGUAUUGAAAAUUAAUAUUCAGGAUUGCAGAGGCCAAAGCUACGAUAACGCUAGCAAUAUGUCUGGCAGAUACAAUGGAUUGCAAGCUAGAAUUCGUGCAAUCAAUCAGUUGGCAUAUUAUGUGCCUUGUUCUGCACAUUCACUGAAUUUGGUUGGAACAUGUGCUGCAGAAUCCUGUCUUAAAGCAGCUACAUUUUUUAAUCUAUUGGAGUGCAUCUAUGUUUUUUUUUCUUCAUCCACUCAUCGAUGGAACAUUCUUAAAAAUGAGCUUUGCAAAGCUCCUGGAAAUCUUUCUGUAAAAGGUCUGUCUGGCACAAGAUGGGCUGCUCGUUCUGAUGCUACUAAAGCACUGAGAAUCGGUUUUCAGUAUGUGAAAAAUGCUCUCAGAGAAUUAGAGUCGUCUGAUCACCAAGUAAGAGUCCAACAUGAGGCAAAGUCCUUAUUGGGAAAACUCAACCACUUUGAAACCGCCAUUCUUCUUGUGGUGUGGGGAAACAUCUUAGAAAGGCUAAAUGCGACUAGUAAAACUUUACAAAACACCAAAAUCUGUCUUUCAGAAGUAGUCAUACUUUAUAACUCAUUGAUUGCAUAUGUGCAAAUAAUUAGGGAUUCAUUUGACACAUAUGAACUAGAAGCUAAAAAGCUAACUAGAGACCAUACAUAUGCAGGAGAAGGAAAACGGCUUAAAAAACGCAAAACAUUUGCUGAUGAAUCACCAUUUGAUGAUGUUAACCAACAUAUGUCAGCAAGAAACAAAUUUAUCACUGAAACAUUCUAUGUAUUAACAGAUUCUCUUAUUGCAGAGCUUAAAAGAAGGAAUCAGUGCUAUGAAUGCUUGAAUAACCGUUUUGAUAUUUUUAAUACAAACUUGCCAAUAUCAGAUUUACGCAGCUCUGCAGACAAAUUGCAAAAAAACUACCCAGAGGAUCUCGAAGACUGUUUUACAGAAGAAUUUUUACAAUUUUCUGCAUUGAUACCCCAGGAAUCCAUGGUGUGCCCAAUGGCAAUGAGGCAAUAUAUAAUUGCCAGGGACUUGCAAAAAACAUUUCCAAAUACUGAAACCUUGCUACGUAUGUUUUUAUGCAUGUCUGUAACCAAUGCCAGUGGAGAAAGAUCAUUUUCCUGUUUGAAAAGGAUAAAAAAUGAAAGAAGAACUACCAUGGGCCAAGAAAGGUUAUCAGCCCUUUCUUUGCUAGCUGUGGAAUCCGCUUUAGUCAGACAACUUGACUUUGAUGACAUUGUGGAUUCUUUUGCUAAGCAAAAAGUACGUAAAGUUAAUUUGUAAUUGUUAGCUGCUCAGCAAACAGUACAAGGCUUGGUACACAAGUCAUGAAAUCCCUUCACCAGCUUCUUUAUUUCUAAAUGUUGAAAUUCUAAUUCAUUGUCUCAUAUGGCUGCAAAAUAUUUCUAAAACCCUACUCACCUGAUAUGGCUGCAAAAAAAUGUACCCUAGUCUACUCAUCUGGCUGUAAGAAUUAUUUUAAAUCAUUAAAAGCUACAUCAUAAUUUGUUAUUAUAUUGGGGAGACUUACCCUGUUUUAAAAUGUGUGUGAAUAUUGUUUUACAAAUCUAGUUCAAAAUAUGUAUUUGUAUGUAAAACAAUCAUAUACUGAUAUUACAAGUUAUAUGACUAAAGAACUAAGGAAAAUAAAUAAUGAUGAAUAGACCAUGCUCUUUUUUGAACAACCAGUUCAUGAAAAGAAAUCUGUCUGCAAAACAAUUCUAAUAUUCUCGUCUUCUCAUCUGACUGCAAAACAAUUCUAAUAUUCUCGUCUUCUCAUCUGACUGCAAAACAAUUCUAAUAUUCUCAUCUUUUCAUCUGGCUGCAAAAGACUUCUAAUACUAAUACUCUAGUCUUCCCAAUUAGCUGCAACAUUUCUAAUAGUCUAGUUGUCUCAUCUGGCUGCAGAUUAAUUUUUAUGCAAAUUUGGAACAAGUCUUUAAUGCAACUGAUUCCCAAUUCCUGACAUAAUUCUUAGAGUUCAUUAAUCUAAGUGCACAAAGUCUAAUUCUAAUACCCUAAUCUUUUCAUCUCGCUACAAAAGAAAUAUUUUACCCUAGUCUUCUCACCUGACUGCAAAACCAUGCUCUUCUUUGAACAACUAGCUCAUGAAAAGAAAUCUGCUUGGAUUGUCAGUGUUGUAAAGUUCCUUAGGCUACCAUUCAGGGGAACUGAUAAGCUAUUUGGAUCACCACAGAAUGGGAGAUUUCAGUGAGUACCAGAGCUUCAUGCUAAAAAUGAUCCAUUUCUUGAGCAGCAUAUAAAAGACGUAUGGUGAGUAAGACUGAGGGGUAAGCAACUACGUCAUCUUCCAUAGUAGAGGAGUUCAUAGAGCUAAUGAAAAUGAUUCUAAAACUCUAAUCAUCUCAUCUGGCUGCAAAAUAAUUCUUAUACUCAAGUCUUCUCAUCUGACUGCAAAAGAAGUCUAAUACUCUAGUCUUCUUAUCUGGCUGCAGAAAAAUUCUAAUACCCUAGUGUCUCAUCUAGCUGCAAAACAAUUCUAAUAUUCUACUCUUCUCAUCCGACUGCAGAAUAAUUCUAAUAUCCUAGUCUCAUCUGACUGCAAAACAAUUCUAAUAUCCUAAUCUUCUCAUCUAGCUACAAAAGAAUUAUUUUACCCUAGUCUUCUCAUCUGGCUGCAAAACAAUUCUAAUAUUCUCAUCUCUUCAUCUGGCUGCAAAACACUUCUAAUACUAAUACUCUAGUCUUCCCAAUUAGCUGCAACAUUUCUAAUAGUCUAGUUGUCUCAUCUGGCUGCAGAUUAAUUUUUAUGCAAAUGUGGAACAAGUCUUUAAUGCAACUGAUUCCCAAUUCCUGACAUAAUUCUUGUUAGAAUUCAUUAAUCUAAGUUCACAAAGUCAUUAAAAGCUAACUAAUAAUUUAUUAUUGGUUAUUAUAUUUGGGAAGCUUACCCUGUUUUACAAUGUUUCUUAUUAUCUGUGGCUCAAGUGUUUUUGUAACUGUGGCUAUAUUUUCAUCAUAUUGCUGCUAUUUCUGCAAUAAUAAUGGCAGUAUUUCAUAUUUAUUUUAUGGGCAUACUUUUUGUGUUCAGUACUGGACAUGCUGCUUUUUGUUAGCUAAUUAAAUUUAUAAAUUAACCCUUGGUCUGACUUUGAGUAUGAAGAAGUAAAUGCUGUGUAGGUUUGUCUAUUACAACCUUAUUAUUUUAUUUGAGUAGCACUCUAUUAAAGAAUAGGAAUGGAUAAACAACAAUCAAUUGAUGUCUUUUCUGAAGAAAUAGGUUAAUGCAGAGUGUAUUCUUAAGACAAU